AUGGGUACGAACGGAUUUGUAGCCUCCCACAUCCUCUUCGGGCUAGUAGAACGAAAUUACCAUAUCGUCGCCACCGUCCAGGCAGAAGGGGCCUACGAUGAGGCUUUUAGAGAUGGAGGCUUCGACUACAUCAUCCAUAAUGCCUCCCCUCUCAACUUUACAAUGGGCUCACUUUUACGAACGGCUCGUUUGAUUACUUGUGCACAUAAGAGCGGUGGCCCAAGUCUAAAGCGAUUCGUCCUUCUUGGUAGUGCAGUCGCAGUCCUCAAUGAAUUCGAAGAUAUAAGCAUAGCCGAGAAGCUGUACACGGAAGUGGACUGGAAUCCAGUCACCGCCGAGCACGGGAUCGAAAAAAAGGAACAUUAUCACAAGAUACAACCAUCGAAGAAGCUUGACGAACAAGCGGGACGGAGGUACAUGGAAGAGCACAAUCUUAACUUUGAUCUCGCAGUCAUCAAUCUGGAUAUCAUUAUUGGGCCGAUGUUUCAGAACGUACCAGGGCCGCAUAGCGCCAACGAAACUAAUGAAAUCGCGAUCUAUAAUUUCAUGAAUGGGAAAUAUACGUCCAUCGAUGGCCUGAAGUAUCCUUUCUAUCAUUUCGUCGAUGUCCGCGACGUCGCCCUUGCGCACAUUCUAGUAAGAACAAUAUCGGCAGCUGGCACUAAGCGCAUUAUCCUCGUCAGCGGACUUAUAUCCCCCCAAAUCAUCAUUAAUACAACCCGAAAGCACUUCCCGGAGCUCAAAGACCGCAUCAUAGAAGGCCAUCCAGAGCAACUGCUUCCUCCGGGCGUGGACCCGACGGGCUGGGAUUCAUCAAGGAGUCUGGAGAUCUUUGGACCGGAUUGGAAGUAA